AUGCCCGGGCAUCCAGCGGUGGGUUCGGGAAGUCUGGCACAGCUGGCGGGCGCCCGGUUGGGGAAGCUGGUCCUUCGGAGGCAAGGUGGAGCCCCCAGCGGCAAAGAGGCUUCCCCGCGGCUUGCGCGACUCUCUCCGGCGGCUCUUCGGCGGAGGAAGUGUGGGGAUGCAGGCCGGCGGGGAAGCAAACCAGAAUGCAAGAACAUCGCUCUGGAUGUUUUCCAGGUUCCUGGCAUCCCCGCCAGACAGACGGAAGCGCCCAGCGCAGGAACGGAUUUCAAAGAGAGUGACCAGGGGAAGCCGUGCCCGGCCAGCAAACCCCCGGGGACCCUGGCCCAGUCCUACCCAAGGAGCGUGGCCGAAAUGGGGCGGCACUGCCACCUGGUGGAGAGCAAGCCCAGUGGUCCUGAAACCAAAUAUCCAGAAGAGGCGGCAUCGGAGGAGGGGGCUGGCAGCAACACAGAGACCCCUCCCAGGAAGCGCAUCAAACUGGAGUUCCCUCCUGAGAGCCCCCCGUCCAAGGGGAAGGAGGAGACCUCGCUGACCAGCUCCGAGGACUCCGACAGCAGCAGCGAUUCAGAGCCGGAGAUGGUCCCCCAGCAGACGGGGCUCCUGGCCAGGAAGGUGAAUGGUUGCAAGACCGGUGGACGGAAGACCAUGGUUCCCGGCCGACCCUGCACAUCGGAGUUCACCUCUGUCAUCCAGACCCAAAAGGGCGCCUCCCUCAGAGCCAGUCCGGCUCUCAGCAUCAAAUCGGAGCAGGGGCUCCAGGCCAAAGGGGGGCUCUGGACCUGUCCUGGGGCGAAGGCCAGUCCUUUCCCUGUGAACAAAGCCCUUCGGCUGGAGAAGCCCGUAGUGAGACAGGCGUCCUCGCACUUGUAUGUCUCCAUCCCCGACUCGGUGCUCACCCCACCCGAGAUGGACAGCGGUCCGGCCAAGGGGCCCUUCGGCGCCUCUCCCCGGGCGGCUCCAUCCUCCUCGGGGGACACGCUCUCGCCUCCGCUCUCGGGCUCCCCCUGUGAGGACCGGGGCACUGCCACGCCUUUCACCCCACUGAUCUACCCGACGGAGAUGGAAGUUCUCCAGAGGUUCCACACGAGCAACGUGGUCGUCCCUUUGAUGCAUCAGCUCGGCAAUCCGCACAGCAGCUCCCCGGCUGGCUCCCCGGGACUCUACACCACGAGUACCAUUCGCUACGCCCCCGCGGACAUGACCCUGGCCAUGCCGAGCAACAUGCUGCCGCCUUCCCACCACCCCCUCAGCCUCAUGGACAUCAGCAGUGCCGAGGCCAAGACCUCCCGGGAGAUCAUGUACCAUCACCUGCAGCGGUUGAACAUGGUGGGCCCGUUUGGGAACUCGGCUAGCUUGGCCCAGAUUUCCGGGGGAGCCUUUGCAGCUGCGGACUCUUUGUUUUCCACCCUGCCCUUCUCUGUGGCCAGUGGGGGGAUCCACAGUGGGUCAGCUCUGGAACGCAAGGAGGAUUAACGCCCCUCAAUGGUCCGUGAUCAAAUCCGUGUCCUCUUUGCCCAGAGAACCACGGUUAAAUCCUGCCUGGAAGAGAGCGAUCGGAUCUUGAGAUUGCUCGGUUCGGUGCUGGGGUGCUCACCAGCCUUCUUGAAGCCCAGGGGAAGAAAUAUUUAGUCCUGGAAGAAAUUACUACCUACCUACGUACCUGCUCAUCGCAUCCCUUUCCUAGUCCUCAGCACGAAGGAGAGUGGAUGGCCCAUCGCCAUCUUCUAAAGAUCGGUGGUGGAUUGAAACGGGGUGUUUGGUGGAGGAUUUUGCUUGGAGAAAUGUGGAGAAUCUAUCCAAACUUCCAGGAGAAAGGUCCCACGGACUGAGGGGCACCUCCUAUGCACUUCCGUACCUGUGUUCCUGCUGCUAGAACUUGACUGAUUUUAAAAACAAGGGGAAAGGGGGGUUUGUCGGUGGUCAAAUAUAACUUGCAUUUAUGUGCCAAUGAAAAGUUGCCCGCCGUUGCCCACCAUGCCUCUCCUCAAUGUGCUUAUUCCAGCCUGUCACGCCAGCGGUUCAUGUUGUUUUGCUCACGUUGAAUUAAUCCUUGAAAUAUGCAAUAGGGACAAAUCCAUAUUAGGACACCGCGAGGAUCAAUCAAACCAACGUGAUAGAAAGUUUGUGCGAAUGGAUCCUUCUAGGAAUGUGGCCUCGUGCGCUUGCUGUGCAAAUCGGCAAACUUUUUCCAACUUGUAUUUUGCAGAUAACGCUGACCUUGAUCUUUGGGGGGGGAUGAGGGAAUUUAUCCCUGAAGGCAGGGGUGGGGAACUGUGGCCCUUUUAUGACUUAUGGACUUCAACUCCCAGAAUUCCUGAGCCAGCCACGCUGGGAGUUGGAGUCCACAAAUCAUAAAGGGGCUGUAGUUGCCGAUCUUUGCUUUAAGGGAAAUAGUUGGAUGUCUUUGGAAGGCAGCCGACGGCAUGGCUUGACUCCUUAUGUUCAGUUGUGACGGAAAGGCUCUCUCCUUCUUCCCAGGGAUCUGGAGCGAAUGGUGAAACCACUUCUGAACCCAUCUUAAGAUGGAGUGAGCUUGGAUCAAGUUGAACAUGCAGAACCUGCCAUGGUCAGGCCCGAAGAAGCAGGACCACAGGUCACGUUCCCGUGAAGCUGAUUUAUUCCUCAUGUGUGUACUGAAGAAUCUAGUCAACUCACGGUCAGCGGUAAAUUGGAGCUAGAUAAGGGUGAAGAGAAUUCAAGAAGUAUUGGACCUGGACCGUUUGUGAGGAUGUAAGGAUUCCAGGCUGGUUCCUCUCUUGACUCCACCUCCAGACUCUGCCUAUCUUUCUCCUACACCAGAGAGGUCCAACCUAGGCAACAUCAAGACCUGUGGACUCCAACUCCCAGAACUCCAACAUGUGAAUGAUUUUUAAAAUGUUAUCUAAUUCUGGGUUUUAUUUAAUUGACCAAACUAAGUAAUAAUUUUAAUUAGCAAUUUUAUGAUGUUUGUAUGUCUAUAUUUUUCUUGACUGUACACCGCCUUGAGUCCUACGGGAGAAAGGCGGUAUAGAAAUAUAAUAAAUAAAUAAAUAAAUUCCCCAGCCAGCCAACUUUAAGGCUUGUGGAAUGGCUGGCUGGGAAAUUCUGGGAGUUGGGAGUCCACAGGUCUUAAAAGUGCCUGGUUGGACACCCCUAUUGUACACGCGUCACUCAAUGUGUUACGUGGAUGUAGAAGGUGGUUUUCCCAGUGAUAUCAAGUUAAUCCUGAGCUAUUAAAUUGUUCUGUUUAAUUGUUUAAUAACCGUUUGUUAUUGAACGGUUGUCCUAGCCAUCCAGCAAUUGAACGGAUGCAAAAUGCCACCUCUUUAUUAAGAGACCUCUUGAGGUCCUUCGUUGGCACUUAUAAUAAUCUAGGUUGCCUUUUGGAUCUGGCCCCCCAAUAAAGGUACUUUUGGUCCUCUCUUUAUGCACAAAUCCUCUUCAAUUCUUUCCCCAAUUCCUAUGUUAUAGUCCCAGCAGCAGAUGAGAAGGGCUGGACCCGGGUUCAAGCUGGCUUAGAUAAGGGGGUGAGUCAGGGCAACGCGGGUAAAGAUGGCAAUGGAGCAAACGCUGUAAUUUUAAGCACUUAUUCAAAAUAAACUGUACGGGCAGCCCUUGACUUACAACCUUAGUGACUUCCGAAGUGAAAAAAGUGACUAAUGACUGUUUUUCAGACUUACGACCGUUGCAGCCUCCCCAUGGUCAGGUGAUCCAAAUUCAGACUCUUGGCAACCGGCUCGUAUUUAUGACGGUUGCAGUGUCCCGGGGUCACGUGAUCCCACAUUGCGACCUUCUGACAAGCAAAGUCAAGGGGGAAGCCAGAUUCGCUUAACAACUGGGAUGCUAACUUAACCACUGCAGUGAUUCCCUUAAUGACGGCGGCAAGAAAGGUCGUACAAUGGGGCAAAGCUCACUCAAGAUCUCACAUAGCAACAGAGAUUUGAGGCUGAAUCGUGGUCGUAAGUCGAGGACUAUCUGUACAUGUCAGUGGGACACGGAUGGCGCCCACCGAUGAUUGUAGCACUUGGAUAAUGUGAAUUUUUUCCCCUCCCUCUAUAACUCGUCGCUAAAGAACUGUACGCGUCUGUGGUUUUUUUUUCUUUUUCUUUUUAUUAAUCUACUGUUCGCAUCGGGUAGCUGAAGGUAGCUAUAAUUUCUUGUCGACAUUUUGCAGCUUCUUUUGGCAAUCCAGGACUCGAGAGAACAUUAUGAAUAAACAAGAAUUCUUUCCUGCCUUCUAAAACGA